AGACGGAUCGUCGCGUCUGCCCGGCAAACAAACAUUGUAGUGGCAAGCGCAUGGUUCAUUAAGCAGGGCGACUUCCAGAAACGUCGACUCGUGGCCCGUAUUUUACCUCGCAGUAAAAGAAUGUGGCGUGAUCCGAACGUAGUGGGGGUCGCCUUCCAGAAAAAACGAAAAAAAUCGAAAGGCGUUCAGAACUUUUCGAGAAGUCGAACCGUCAACACAUGUGAAUGUACCACACCGGACAAUCAAGAAGGCAGGUGCCUUGACUACAGAAAAUGUAAACCUCUGCAAGAAAUAUGGCAGAUACAGUACCGUACAGCCACCGAUUUUUAUAGACGAUCAGUGUGCAGAUACCAGGGCAAUGUUACGAUCGUUUGCUGUCCGAACGAUCCAAACAAAGAGAAGAGAGAAAUUUUAAUAAAAACUGUGUAUAAGUAUAAGGCUUUGCGACCACCAUACUGUGGUUUUAGCAACGUCUCUCAUACCAGGGUGGUCGAUGGUAAACCAGCUGAACUUGGUACGUUUUAUGUCUUUCUUUCCGAUUAA